AUGGCAACCGGAGGCGUUGAGUCGAAGGAGGUUUCGCUGCACGCCCUCGUGAAGCUCUCCACCUUCCGGGGCAACAAACAUCUCAUCUGUGGCGGUGGAAGCAUUUCUCUUGUGGUGAAGCUUCUCUCCUCGCCUCACAUCCUCCCCGCGGUCACUGCAAGAUGUGCUGUGAUUCUUGCAAACCUAUCUGCCAAUGGGAGGCCGGCCCUGCGAGCCCUCGUUGGCAUCUGUCAGUCCGAGGCCGGGCUGGUGAAGUCUGCAGUUGUUUCAUGUAGUGGAAUUUCCGUUGUUCUUGCUCUGCUCGACGACUCCAACCAGGAGAUACGUGAGCUGGCGAUCAACCUCGUGUUCCUCUUCUCCCAGCAUGAGCCGGAGGGGGUGGUGGAGUACCUCCUCAAGCCUAGGCGCCUCGAGGCUCUGGUCGGAUUCCUUGAGAAUUCUGAGAAGGGCGACAUGCAGAGGGCCGCAGCCGGUCUGCUCGCCAACCUCCCCAAGUCAGAAACGUCGUUAACGGAGAAGUUAAUAGAGCUCGGAGGGCUAAAGGCGAUAAUCCAGAUCAUAAGAUCAGGGACAGGGGAAGCAAAGGAGAAUGCUCUGAGUGCACUAUUUAGGUUCACCGAUCCCACGAACCUCAAGUCACAGCGCGUAGUGGUUGAGUUGGACGCGUUUCCUCCACUCACCGGACUUCUCAGAGCCGGCUCAGUCACAGCGAGUGCGAGAGCUGCAGCUCUGCUAGGCGACCUCUCAAUGCGAACUCCAGAGCUGAGCGACCUGCACAUAAAGAAGCACGGCUGGUUCUGGUCAUGCUUACCUAGGGCACACGCUGCAACGUGCCCGGCCCAUGGAGGCUCCUGCAGCGUGAGCACGGCGUUCUGUUUGUUAGAGGGGGGCGCGUUACCUGAUCUGGUUCAGGUGGUGCAGGAUAAGGUCCACGCCACGGCCUAUGAGGCGAUCCAGACGCUGUCCACCCUCGUUCAGGAGGAUUCACCUCAGAGGGGAGCAGCAGUGCUGCAUGAGUAUGGAGCGAUCGGACCAACAAUGGAGGUGCUGAGAUGGGGUUCAGAGUCACUGAAAACAGAGGCGCUGAUCCUUUUGGAGAAAGUUUUCGUGUCGACAGAGAUGGUGGACUUGUACAGUGCAAUGGCGAGAGCGCCUCUCGGACAGCUUGCUUCUCACAGUUUAUGUGAUGAGAGGCUUCUGCAGAGGAAGGCGGUUAAGGUUCUGCUUCUCAUCGAACGUUACUCGAGAUCAUCUACUACUUCUCUUGUGUCAACAACAGCUCCUGUAACUGAUUGA